UCAUUUUGUGAAUUUUACCUUUUCAAACUGUUUAGGCUUGUUGACAUGCCGUCUGAAGAAUUGGGUGCUUCUGCGGCACGCAAGUUUGAUAUCGAAGCAUGGAUGCCAGGGCGAAAAUUGUACGGCGAAGUUACAAGUGCAUCUAACUGCACUGAUUAUCAAGCAAGACGCUUAGGCAUCAAAUACCGUGACUUGAAAGGCGUAGAAAAGUUUGCGCAUACGUGUAAUGCAACAGCUAUUGCCACAACGAGAGCAUUAAUUGCAGUUCUGGAAACAUAUCAAAAUGUAAGCUAUUUUGCGCAUUGCUUCUCCAAAAGGAAAGGUCUGAUUGGAUUGCCGCACGAAAUCCGAAAAAGAAUGCCCGAGAAUAGAUCAAGGACAAUAAAGUUGCGUAGCGUGGCGGAUAUAAAUGUCGAUGUUUGA